GCUAUGUCAACAAGAGUUUUUUUUUUUUUGUUAAAGUAUUCUUGAGUCUUACCCUAAGACGAGUGCAAGAUGGUACCAAAUCUGGAAAAUAAAAACACGCCUCAAAGAAACAACGAAAUUAUAUAGACAAUUGAUUGCCAAACACAAAGGCUCAUAUUGCAAAAAUGCCGGCUAUAUUCCACCUAAACUAGCAUAUGCGCAGCAAAUUGCUUUGGACGAAUGUACGAAAGUUAAAUGUUUAAAACAGUCGCCAACCCUCGCCCCCAUAAGAGAGAGCCAAAAUGCCAACUGUAAAAUGUCAUGACUUAUUGAGAUGUAAAAAUCGUAACUGUCUGUUGGCCAACCUUGAACAAGUCAAGGAAAUUCCACGAAAGCUGUGGAAUCGAGAUAUGGCAGCUGUUUUAAACUUUCGAAAGAUCUUGAUGAGCUUGAGAGAGACAGGUAAACGCUCUGGUAUUUGUAGCAGAAAAGAAGCGUCAAAACCGGAAUGAAGGAAACAAUAGCAAAUCUUCGCCAAAGUUAUCACUUUGGUUAUUUAAUGCAGGUAUGUUGCUUUGAGAUUACUUAAAAAUAUUGGUGAGCCCAUCAUUUUUUGGUUUUUCGCCAAUACUUUUUUUAGUAAGCACUA